CUUGAAUCUACAUACUUGGUUGAUACUUAGCGCUGUAGAGUUGAUCAGAGUUAACAAGACGCUUCUGCGUUCUUGGCAGCUCCUAGCUCUUAUCCAUCUCCAAAGCCUGAGGCAAACACAUUCGAGAUUUGACGCCGGACGGUCAGGCUUUUCUUAUCUUUGAUCGCUCUGCGAUUUGCAUACAUUGAAAAGGUUGUAGAAUCUUUUGAAAUUGUUAGCCGUUAUCUCGUCGGAAAAUUGGAACGAGUUAUUAUAAUGGCUGUGCGUGUGACGGAUUUUUAUCGCGACAAAACCAUCUUCAUCACCGGAGGAACCGGCUUCCUGGGUAUUUGUCUAAUUGAGAAACUAUUGAGAAGCUGUCCUGAUAUCAAAAACAUUUACUUGCUUAUGAGACCAAAAAGGGGCAAGGAGAUAGAGCAACGACUGGAAGAACUUACGAAAAAUGCGGUGUUUGAGGAACUGAAGAAAGUAAAAGGCGAUGAACCAUUUAAAAAAGUUAUUGCAGUUGCAGGCGAUGUUGGAGAGGAAAAUUUAGGAUUAUCGGCUAGCGACAGAUUGACUUUGGUAGAAAAAGUCCAGAUAGUUUUUCAUUCUGCAGCUACUUUGGACUUUGAUGCUGAUCUUAAACUUACAGUUAAUAUUAACUUGCUUGGUACACGUCGUGUUGUGCAGCUCUGUCAAGAAAUGAGAGAUUUCAAGGCUUUGGUACAUGUUUCUAGUGCCUAUGUAAAUUCCACGCUUACUGAAGCUGAUGAAAAAGUUUAUCCUGCACCUGCCAAUGUAAAUGAUGUUUUGAAAUCAGUAAAGGAACUAAGUGAUUCCGCCUUAAAAGAAGCAACACCGAAAAUUUUGGGUCAACAUGUAAACCCUUAUACAUUCACUAAACAUUUGGCAGAACAUGAAAUCGCCAAUUCAUCUUUAUCUGCUGUUAUCGUACGUCCCUCUAUGAUUACUGCAGCGUGGAAAGAGCCAGUCCCGGGAUGGACAAUAUCAAAAAAUGGUCCACAAGGUUUCCUUAUGGGAGCAAGUAAAGGAAUUGUAAGACGUCUACCUGUGGCUACAGAUCUGAUAUAUGAUUACAUUCCAGUAGACAUUGUCGUAAACAGUUUAAUAGUUGCCGCUUACAGUGUCAACAAUUCAGGGGGUGAUGGUGUUAAGGUCUAUCAUUGCACAUCGAGCACAUGUAAUCCUUUCAAAUGGGAAUCUGUUGAGCAUAAGAUCAAUAGUUAUCUUCAUAAAUAUCCACUGCGCAGUGCAGUUUGGUAUCCGCAUUUGAAGUUAUUGCCUUCAUUACUAUUAUUCAGAAUCUCUGCAUUUUUCUUUCAUAUGAUACCAGCCUAUAUUUUGGAUACGGUCACUAGAAUAUCAGGUGGUAGACCCAUACUUGUACGUUUACAUAAAAAUGUUAACAAAUCUCUGAACCAGCUAAGCAAAUUCAUUUUCACCGAAUGGAAGUUUCACAAUCCUCGUAUGCUGGAAUUGCACGAAUCGCUGUUACCAGAUGACAAGCGCACGUUCACGCUAGAUGUCAGACCAUUAGUCUGGGAAGAUUAUUUUGUAGAUCUUACACAAGGAGUUAGGACUUAUUUGAAUAAUGACCCUCCGAGAACUUUACAAAUGGCUCGCUCCAAGGAUAAAGUACUACUGGUUGCACACUUGGGAUUACAGACUGUGUUAUUUGGUUUAGUAUGGUGGAUCGUUAAGAUAAUGCUGGAUUCUACAUGGUCAAAAACUGGUUUAGUUCUACCAUUGACAUACGUUCUAUUCGACCAGCUUUAAACUGUUAAGUCAUGAUAAUCGGACUUUUGAUUUUUGUUUCUUGUUAUUGUAAAUAGCAGUAAUACAACGAUACUUUGCAUCUCUUUGAAAAAACUAUUUACAGCAUAUACAACAAAAUGAUAUUCACAAAAAUACUAUCAUUAAACUUUUCCUUAUGACUUUUGUAAGAUCUAAAAUCAAUUUGUUCGUUGACUUUGUAGAAUUUGAAAGAUUCAAUAUGUUUCGUUGACUAAAUAUUCGCGAAUGUAAUUAAACGCACCAGAGAAAACUGUUGUUAUAGAUUGAUUGUUUUAGUUAUUACAAUUUGGUAUAAAGCAACUUGUUUGCACCUCAUAUGGUUCUAUAAUAACAUACAGCAGUUCUAGAAUAUGAUAUUAAUAUAAUUACAGUAUAAAGUAUAAUGUAAAUUCUCAAAGUAUUUCAUUAACAAUAUAAUAUUUUUUUGUCAAAAAAUGAUGUCUGCUAAACAAUAAUAAGAAAAAGAUGAGAUAAGGUAAAUUUAAUGCAAUAACUAUAUGCUUGCACAGUAUUGCUUAAAGGGUAUACAUUUUAAACACUAUGUCUGGUAUGUCUUUAAUGAUUUUUACUCAUUACUUAAUUCAGUCUAAUGAUUUAAAUAAUUAGAGUAAUAAAGGUAAUAUAGUUUAUAGAAAAA